CUCUCUGCAACUAUCUGGAAGGAGAUUCAUAGGUGGGGUCAGGCUCUUCUCCCAGGCAGCUGGCGAGAGGACACGAAGCAAUGGCCUCAAGCUGUGUCAGGGGAGGUUCAGGUUGGGCAUCAGGAGGAAUUUCUUCACAGAAAGAAUGUUCGACAUUGGAAUGGACUGCCCUGAGAGGUGGUGGAGUCACCAUCUCUGGGGGGAGUUUAAGGGAUGGUUUGAUGUGGCGGUUAAUGCCAUGGUCACAUUGACGCGGUGGUGUUGGCCACAGGUUGGACCCGAUGCGUUCACAAGUGUUUUCCAGCCCGACAGAUUCCAGCAUUCUGCGGCUGAGCGGCGUACGGGAGAUGCCGGCGGGGGCGCUGCGGAGCCGGCCGGAGCUUUCCUACGGGCGGAACCAAAGCGCGGCGUGGCGGCGGCGCGCCGGGGGCUGUCGGUGUGGCACCGCACGCCGUGUCUCCGGUGCGGCCGCGGCCCCGCCAUGCUCCCGCUGCUGCUGCUCCGCGCCUCCGCCGCCUGCAGCCGCGCCUCCGCCUCCGCAUGGCUGCGGGGCGCCGCGCAGCCCGCCUGCCGCCACCGCGCCGCUGUGGCCGCUGCGAGGCCCCGACAGGUUGCAUCUCUUCAAGGAGUGGCUGUUCGCAGCCUCAGCACAUCCUCCCCUCAUGAUCACCCAGAACACGGAAGAUUAGUUUAUAAAGGAAAUUUGGCAAAGACAGUGUUGGGUGUGAAGUUCUUCUCUUACUCCACCAGCAUAUUCAACCUGUUCAUGAUGCCCUACAUCAUGCUCAAAAGUGGUAUUGGAGUGGAAAGUUUGCUUGUCCAAGCUGCCUUUUAUGGGUUGAUCGGGAUUUUUACGUUUGUAACUCCGGUUACUUUGCAUCUCCUUACAAAAGGUUACGUGAUCCGGCUCUAUUACAAAGAUGAAGUGGACACCUAUACAGCCAUUACCUACAAUGCCAUCUUGACAGAAAAAGCAACUGUUUUCCAUCAGAAAGAUGUAAAGAUUCCAGACAUCUCCAAGAUGUUUACAACAUUUUACGCUAAAACAAAGUCAAUGCUUGUUAAUCCUACACUCUUCCCAAAUCCUCAGGAUUAUAACCAUCUCAUGGGCUAUGACAAAUCCUCAUUUUUUAAAUUUGAGGAUUUAGAGGCAGUAAAGGAAGCUGAUGAAAGGAAAUAAUUUGAAGAUAAUGUCAGUGUCAUUGUCCAUAAUGCAGUACUAUAUAUGUGAGAGAAUGUAAAAAUCUAUUACAUUUGCUUAAGUAUCAGGUAGCUGGAGUUUUCCAUAUGCAUUUUGGAAUGUAUAAAAAGAGACACUUAAAAAAAUAUUGCAAACAAUGUGAGGAUUUCUUUAGAGUUAAUGACAUAAAACAUAGUAAAAAAAAGGA